UGAGGACUAGUCGGACGUACCAUCAUGAGUGAAGAUGAAGCUCACCGUGCCACUUCUACUCCUGGUCCUGCUCGCCGCUGCGGGGCUGAGCCGAGCCCGGGUCAAGACCUCUCUCCUGGACUUGACCAACAGCUUUGGGAGCAUCCUUUCCAGACUGAGCCGACCGGCGAACCACAGCCGCAUCUUCUAUGCGGUGAUGUUUGAUGCGGGGAGCACAGGGACGCGCAUCCAUGUCUACACCUUCAUCCAGAGUGACUCGGCAUUCCCUCUGUCCUCACAGCCUCUACAUCGUUCACCACAGGGGGACAUAGAGGAGCUGCCUAUUUUGGACAACGAGAUGUUCCACUCCAUAAAGCCCGGUUUGUCGGCAUAUGCUGACUCUCCCGAAAUGGCUGGACACACGGUGAGGAUGUUGCUGAAGGUGGCCAAGAGGACGGUGCCUCGUCUGGAGUGGAAGAGGACUCCACUGGUCCUCAGAGCCACAGCUGGACUCCGGCUGCUGGCCGCAGAUAAAGCCCGGGUUCUGUUGGAGCAGGUUCAACAUGUGUUUGAUGAAUCUCCUUUUUUGGUCCCAGACAACAGCAUCAGCAUAAUGAAUGGCACAUAUGAAGGGAUCCUGGCUUGGAUAUCUGUGAACUAUCUGACAGGUCACCUGAACGCACAAACCAAGAAGACAGUGGGAAUCCUGGAUCUGGGAGGAGGAUCCACGCAGAUCACUUUCCUGCCAAAGCUGAGGAAAACCAUUGAAAGUGUCCCUGUGGCUGAUUACGUUGCCAGAUUUGACAUCUCCAACACGUCAUUCGAAUUGUACACUUACAGUUACCUUGGACAUGGACUGAUGGCAGCGCGACUGGCCACACUGGGCGCUUUGGGUGCAGAAGGGUUGGAGGGGCGUGUUUUUAAAAGUUCCUGCCUGCCAAAGAAGUUCAGGGAUGAGUGGAGUUUUGGAGGGCUGACCUAUCAAGUGAGCGGGGACCGAGAUGGUUAUGCAGCAUACAAGCGUUGUUAUCAGGAAGUACUUACGGUGGUGAAGGGGAUUAUUCAUCAGCCGUACCAGCUCGAAGACAGCAAUGUAUUCUACGCAUUCUCCUAUUACUUUGACAGAGCUGUGGAUGCGGGCCUUAUCGAUGGGGUCCAAGGAGGGAUGCUGGAGGUCCGAGACUUCAAGAAGAGAGCUAAAGAAGUGUGCAAUAAGAUGACCAAGUACCCCUCCAGCAGUCCUUUCCUGUGCAUGGACAUGACCUACAUCACUUGUCUGCUCAAGGAUGGAUUCGGCUUCAAGGAGAGCACCGUGCUGCAGUUGACCAAGAAAGUGAAUAACGUGGAGGCCAGCUGGGCUUUGGGCGCCACGUUGGACCACUUCCACAACCUGAAGAUCCACUGAGGCCGCGGCAGGAACACGGCACCGCCUCAUCUGACGGCCCCAGACAGCCACCGCUUGUUUCAUAAGGGCAGAACCAACCUCACGAGUAAAAAAAAAAAAGCAAUUAUUCUCAAGUGUAAUAUAUUGAGCUGUAAAUGAGCAACGUGUCGUUUUACUCGGAGAACAAGUGAAGCACUGGAGGUUGACGUUUGAGUGAUGUUACCAAUAACACUCCGUUAAUGCAGCGUCGGGCAUUACCGGCUACUCGGUUUGUUUGAGAUUGAUGUUUGUGUGUUUUGCUGGCUUGUUGUGCUACACCAGUGCAUACAUGUGAUGUACAGUGCUUCAGUAGUAGUUAGGGGUAAUGGGGAUAAUGGGGUAUACACGUGUCUGGUACAUUUAAAUUUGACAUUGUAGAAGUGGGAUUAUUUUCUAUGAGACAACAUCACUGCAUUUUAACCUCACUGUUUACAAGGAGAAUGUACACGGUCAUUAUAUUUUCAUAAACUUUUAAAACCCGUCUCAGUAUUUCUUUGGGAGUAUUUGUUU